AUGUCAAAAGUAUAUUCUGUUACAUUCGGCGUUGUUGAUUCAGAGAAUAAUAACUUCAAGACUUAUUUAAUGCCAAAACUAAGAGAUGCAAUUGAAUUGGUUGAUGAUCUCGUUUUCGUAUCCGAUAAAUACCCAAGCAUUGCCAAUGCCUUCUGCGAAACAGGUAGAAGAAGAAGAAUCAUAAGUGAAGCAGAGACGUCGGCGGCUGUUGAUUCCCCAUCACAUUUGUUUAAAUCCUUUUCACCGUCUGCUAAUUUAAGCGCUUACCAGAUCAGGGUUAAGCUUUUUGAAGCAUCAUUCUCAACGAAGCAAAUUUACACUGAUAUACAGUCAUUUACAGAGACUUAUCUCAUAUCCUAUUUUAAUUUGUCUCCAAAAGAAGCUCUAUCUAUAUCUAGUAAGGUAAAAUUCCGAUCAGCCGACCAGCCGGAUUCCGUCAUUGCACUUCUUAAAAGCCAUGAAUUCAAUGAUACACAAAUCCUCAAGCUUAUUAAGUCAUGCCCACAGGUUUUCGGUUGUAGUCCCUCAAAUAUCAUUUUGCCCAAAUUGAAUUUCUUUUAUUCAUUAGGCGUAUCAAUUGCUGAACUCCCAUCUUUCAUGUCAUCUAGUCCUAAUGUAUUGACAAUGAGCCUUGAGAAUCGGAUUAUUCCUUUUCACAAGUUCAUGAAAACUGUGAUUGGUUUGGACGAUUUUGAAACUGCUGGAGCUAUUGUGAAAGCCUCAUGGGCCAAUAACAAAGACAGUGUUCAGACUUUGUCUUCCAAUGUUGCACUUCUGAGAAAACUUGAUGUUCCUAAAUCACCAUUGGUUCGUUUAAUUAGGAAUCAUACAGCUGUCCUUUUGAGAAACCAUGACAGUUUUAAGGAGAAAGUGGAUGAGGUUAUUCAGAUUGGAUUCGAUCCAUUGAAGGCAACGUUUUGCAUUGCCUUACAGUUGAUAUCUCAAUUGAGCAAGAAGGUUUUGGAAGUUAAAGUUAAAAUUUACUCAAAAUAUGGAUGGUCUGAAAACGAUUCGAAAAUGGCUUUCAAGAGAAAUCCUUUUUGCAUGGCUUUGUCGGAGGAAAACAUAUGCAGGAAGAUGGAAUUUCUCGUGAAUGAAUUUGGGGUGAAGGCAAUUGAUAUCGCUAAGCGUCCUACGGUUCUCCUCUUGAGUAUGGAGAAAAGGGUCAAGCCGAGGUGUUUGAUCAUGAAAGUUCUUAUGGGGAAGGGUUUGUUGGAGAGAGAAGUUGCGAUUUCGUCUAUAUUGUGCCCUAGAAACGAGGUGUUUAUCAAAAGGUUUGUUUCUAAAUAUGAGAAAGAUGUUCCCGAAUUGCUAGAUAUUCUUCAUGGCAAAAUGGGUAUUUCUGAAAUAUCUGGAUUCUUGGGUGAGAAUAAAACGUGA